AUGCGACCGUAUAAUACCCGUCACAAGACGCUUUCGCUGCACUCGCUGGGCAUCCACGUCCCUGGGACCCAUGCGUCGCGCACUGCCCCUGCGAAUCGAGCCUCCUCCAACGACGCCUCCUCAGUAUCCAUGGGUUCGCCGACCUCGCCCGCCAAAAAAGACGAAUCGCCCAAGAAGAGGCUCAAGCGCGCUUUUAGCGAGUCGUCGGACGAUGCGUCGCCGCUAGAGCGGUUACCCAAGAGACGCGACGAUGCGACCAAGUUCCAAAAAACCACACCGCCACCGUCACCGCCCGCCGCAGCUAUGGAAAUGAGCGAAGAUGAAGAGAUGGUCACAAGAACAAUUGAUAUGCAGGGAAUCAAUGAUGAAAUCGUCGAGGCGGUCAUCACACAGUUGCAAAACACGGGGAAUCGGCCUCAUCUGGUCAAGGAGCUUGCCACGGUGUUAAUGCAGCAGCUCAAGAUCGUUCAACAAUCUGCAAACCCGGCUGCAAUAGUGUCCUCACGGUUAGCGACCUACCUCAAGCGGCCCGGCUGGUCGGCACUCUCACCGUGCCCGCUCGCGAAGGAGCUCGAGUCGGUCCACCCGCGCCGCACCUACUUCUACCUGACAACCUGCCCGCGUAAACCGCUACCGGAUCCCGCUCAGCUGUCGUUGUCGACGCAGCUGGCCCACAGCCGUGCCAUCAUCACGCCAAGCCCGUCGAGCGCGGCGUCCACCUCGGCGGACGAGUCCGACUUGGAAAGGCGGCGUGAGCUCAGCCCCAGCCCGGAGGUUGACCUGUCGAGCCCCGAGUUCGACGACAUGGACGAUGACUUCGCCAUGCCCAGCACGCCGAUCGGUUCCUUCUCCAUGCGCGGCUUCUACAUGCCGCCGCGUCCGGCACACAGCGGGUCCGGCCGCCAUGGGCGCGCCACGUCGCCGCCUCUGGAGAAGGACGAGAAGGAGUUCACCCAGACGGCCGACGGCCUGCAGAAGAGGAAACUCAACGGCGACUUGCUGUCGCUGAGCAGCGCGCCGAUGCCGCCCGUCGAGCAGACAGUGAGCAUUGAUCUCGAAAGGGACGAAGGCUCGCUGUUCGGUGGCAGCGUACCACCCAUGUCGUCGUUCGUGUCUAGCCCCGCGAUCCGCCCGUCUACCUUGUCCCUCAACUUCGGGAAGAAGGACGCGGAGGCGGAUAGCUGGGCUAAGCUUGAGGGCCUGCUGGAAUGGGACCGCAGUCCGGAGAGCAUCGAGCUUGAGGAGCUCGAUGGUCUGCUGGACGAUUACUGA